GCGUGUGCGUUUUCAACUAACUUUGGGAACUCCGCGCAGCCUCUCCUCCACCUCGGUUUCCCGCGCCCUGCCUGCCCUUUUCGGUACCUCCUCUUCCUCCAGGCAAAGGAUGGAGGCUCCCUUCAGCCCCUCAACUCCGUCGCCGGCGCCCAACCUCUCCGUACCCAUCUCGCUGGGCUGGGGUCUCAACCUGACUUCCGGACAGGGAGCCCCCGGACAAGGAGCCCCCGUCCCGGGACCCCCGCCUCCGCCGCCUCCGCCGCCGUCCGGGCCGCCCAGCCGCCGCGUCCGCCUGGUCUUCCUGGGGGUCAUCCUGGUGGUGACGGUGGCCGGCAACGCCACGGUGCUGUGUCGCCUGUGCGGCGGCGGCGGCGGCGGGCCCUGGCCGGGUCCCAAGCGUCGCAAGAUGGACUUCCUGCUGGUGCAGCUGGCCCUGGCCGACCUGUACGCGGGCGGGGGCACCGCGCUGUCGCAGCUGGCUUGGGAACUGCUGGGCGAGCCGCGCCGGGCCGCGGGCGACCUGGCGUGCCGCUGCGUGCACCUCCUGCGGGCGUCCGGCCGCGCCGCCUCGGCCCACCUCGUGGCGCUCAUCGCCCUCGAGCGCCAGCGCGCCGUGCGCCGUCCGCAGGGCCCGCCGCUGCCCGCGCGCACCCUCGCCGCCCUGGGCUGGCUGCUGGCGCUGCUGCUGGCGCUGCCCGCCGCCUUCGUGGUGCGCGGGGGCGCCCCCUCGCCGCCGCCGCCCGCCGCGCCCCCGCCCUCCCGCGCCUGGCCCGGGGAGCGCCUUUGCCACGACAUCUUCGCGCCGCUGCCGCGCUGGCACCUGAUGCUGUACGCGCUCUACGAGGCCUUGGCGGGCUUCGCGGCGCCGGCCGCUGUCAUGAGCGUCGCGGGCGGCCGCCUGCUCCGCGCCUGGCGGCCGCGCCCGCCCCAGGCCCCAUCGGCGGCGGCGGCGGCGGCACCCAGUUCAGCCAGUCCGGGCCAGGCCUCCGCGCCCAACGUGCUGCCGCGCGCCAAGGUGCAGAGCCUCAAGAUGAGCCUAGUGCUGGCGCUGCUGUUCGUGGGGUGCCAGCUGCCCUACUUCGCGGCCCGGCUGGCAGCCACGUGGUCGUCUGGACCCGUGGGGGACUGGGAGACCGACGACCUGGCGGUGGCGCUGCGCCUCGUGGGGGUGGCCAACAGCGCCCUCGAUCCCUUCGUCUACCUGUUCUUCCAGGCGGGCGGCUGUCGGCUCCGGCGGCGCCUGCGGAGGCGCCUGGGCGCGCUGUGCUGCCCGCCGGAGGGAGUCGAGGAGGACGAGGAGGGGGCCCGGGGCCACCAGGCUCUCCACCGCCACCGCUGGCCCCACCCGCAUUAUCACCACGCCCGGCGGCAGCAGGCCGAGCAGGGUUACCUGCGCCCACCGCCGCCGCGGCCCCGGCCGCCGCCCUGCUCCUGCGAAAGCGUCUUCUAGGCUGUUCGAUGGCCGGGGACGGGUCAUCUGUCGCUGCGCCGCCGCCUCCGCGCAACACGAGGCCGGCCGGGGUCUUUCUAGCUCACAGCCAGCAGGAGGGUCUCUGAGAGCCUCACCCUGAAUCUGCCCCUGCCCUCCACUCCCCUAUUGUAAUUUUAUAUAUUGUUUACAUUUUACACUCUUCCAGGUUUUCUCCUUUCCUUGUCACAUGUCCCCCAUUCGGAGACGAGAGAGUGACCCGCUGGGAAUUUGAAAAAUUGAAGUUAGAGUUAUUUUUGCAGUUCUCUUUUGCUCCCAUAGUCUUCUGGCUAAGAUCACUGGUUUUAGCCAAAGUGCCGAGCUCUCAUUCUUUCAUGUGCGGCCCCUGUUUUCACUUAUUUGGGAUAGUGUUCAACUGUACCUUUGGGACCAGAGAAGGCGCCUCUAGUUCGGGGAGGAAUAGCUUCACAUUGUUUUCCCCGGGGAGCCUGAAAACUGUACCGGUGAUUCUAUCAGAAAUGUAAUCUUGCUGUCACUUCAGAGCCACAGAGUAUUUGUGAAAUAAAAACAUUUUCCACCG